UGCUAAGUCCUGAAAUAUUGAAGUACUUCCCAUGCAGAUAGGCUCAGAUGAUCAACAAACCAAGUGAUAACUCUCAGGUGGCCUCUCUCUGCCGCCCUUGUGACCAGCUCUCCGUUAUCGCUUUUGUCCCUUUUGGCAAUGUCCCACCCGUCUGAAGUGCUUUAAACAUCAAGCACGGAAGACAAUCCACUGGUCCGGCUUCCCGCUACUAUUGACAUGUCAAUAAGCCAAUAUUCAUAUUCUGCGUCGCUCCCACCCUCAAAGGGGGGUGUGGAUCCCGAAGACAUCGACCCUGACGCGGAAUUCGGUGGUUCAGCGGCACGCAAAGAACUAGAGCGCAAACUCUUGCGGAAACUUGACCUUCGCAUGUCGAUCCUGGUACUUAUCUAUAUCCUCAAUUAUGUCGAUAGAAAUAAUGCUGGUGCCGCACGCUCCCGAGGGCUCGUCGCCGACCUUCAUCUUACUGAUCAGCAAUUUGCGACGUUGUUGUCCAUUCUCUACGUCGGAUACAUUAUCAUGCAGAUCCCGUCUAAUAUGUUUCUUAACUUCACCGGCAAGCCGUCACUUUAUCUGCCUGCUUGUAUGGCCGUUUGGGGUAUGAUAUCAGCACUGACUGGAAUUACGACCAAUUUUACCGGAGCCGUCAUAACGCGUUUCUUUCUAGGCUUCGUAGAAGCAGCCUUUUUCCCUGGUUCCCUAUUUUUAAUUUCGAAGUGGUACAAGAGAACAGAGAUAGGUUUCAGAACCGCAAUUCUCUACUGCGGAAACAUCAUUAGCAAUGCCUUUGGGGCACUCCUCGCAUCGGGUAUUCUUGGUGGCAUGAACAAUGUCCUCGGACACGCUGCAUGGAGGUGGCUUUUCUACCUCGAAGGAGCUCUUACUGUCUUUGUCGCAAUCUGUGCCAUCUUUAUUUUGCCAGACUUUCCGUCAACAACGAAGUGGCUUUCUGAUGAUGAGCGUCGACUUGCAUUGAGGCGUAUGGAAGAGGAUGCAGGUGUCGGUGACCAGAAAGAAACCGAGCAGGGUGGCCUUACUCACGGUCUCUACCUCGCUGUUACCGACUGGACAGUGUGGUGGUUUGCAAUGGCAGUGAACGCAAUAGUGGUAUCAUUAUCCUUCAAUGCGUACUUCCCCACUCUUAGCGCGACACUUGGGUAUAACCCAACAGUGUCACUUCUCCUUGUUGCCCCUCCGUUCGUCUUUGCUGUCAUUGUCACAUUCUGUUUGUGCAGGCACUCUGAUUACAAGCAAGAACGCUUCUACCACAUUAUCGGUUCAUGGAUUGCCGGUAUUAUUGGGUUCAUUAUUGCAAUAAGCACCAUGAACACGGCAGCCCGAUACGUGUCCCUGUUCCUCAUGGCGCAGACGUAUGCAGGACUCGUUGUGAUGCUCGCAUGGAUGAAUAACUCGUUUCCUCGACCGCCAUCAAAGCGUGCGGUAUGUGUGGCGAUCAUCAACGGAUUUUCGCAACUUGGCAAUGUUGCAGGCUCGUAUAUUUGGCCUUUAAGUUGGGGCCCUACCUAUCGAUACUCCUACGGUAUCUGCAUUGCAGCUAGCGGUACCGCGAUUAUAAUGGCCUGGAUUUUUAAACAGCAUCUUAUAUCAUUAAAUGAGAAACUGGAGCGUGAAGAGCAGGAGAAAGGGAUCAAGGAAAAAGGAUUCCGAUACCUUCUGUGAUUGAUCGCGAGGUGAUCUACAACUUUUAGGCGACAGACACGAAAUGCCAUUACCAUGACUUGCACUGUGGAUAUUAUGAGCCUUGAGGCCUAAGGAGCAAUCAAUUUGGAAACGUUGUUGCCUGCAGUCGGAUGGCCCACGAUAUCGGCUAUGAUAUGCUAUUAGCGGAAGGGGCUGGUUGUGCAGCAACAAAAUCGGUUGUGAUUGGAUGUGAAUAGUUUGACAGACGAAUGUUGUUGACAGUGGGAGAUC